GGUAGGUUCUACUCUGUCUCUGACUACGCACUACUAGGUCUCAGUACACGACUUUUAUUUAUCUUUUUUCGCAGCGAUGUUAAUUUAAGUAAUAUUUCCAAUUCUGUCAUCACACUACCGGUCGAUCGACCAUGGGGAAGUGUUGUUCCAAGCUUCUCAAGAGCAGCACGCAGCAGCGCGUGGACCGUUGGGAGGCUGCCAACAACUACCAAAGGACCGUGUCCCAGAAGGCCCAGGGGGACAUUUUGGACUGUCUCUUCUUCCCCGAGCACGUUUCCCCGCUCAUGGGCGGGGGCGGCGGCAAAAGUGGUGGCGGAUCCCGCGGCGGUGGGGCCAAUAGGCGGCGGUUUUUGGAAGUUUUGCGAAGUACGAAGUUCUGGAUCGACAUCUGCAUUUUCACACUGACGGAUGAUGAAUAUGAGAGUGCACAACCCCUCCCCUGAUCUCCCUCACUUGUCAUGCAAAAUUCCAAAUCCAAUUGCUGCCUUGUGGCACUGUUUGCAUGACAAACGACAACGGAGGCACAAACUGUACCACAUUAGGUGCGUCGUGAGCUUGUCAUGCACAGGCUCCACGUGAGGGGGAGGGGGGUUUGUGCACUCUCAUAACGAAAUUGCGGAAAUUCUGUUGGACCUGUUCCACAGAAACGUCCACGUGCGGAUCAUCGCGGAUCUUGACCAGGCGGACGCGCUCGUAUUACAGUGAAAAAUGCCCCCACCCCCAGCUUGGCAGCAUUUGUAUUGUAAACCUUUCCAACAGAAACAUUCCUCGUCUUGCAUAUCUCAGCAUCACAAAUUUUCCAUGCUGAAUAGGUCAAAUUUGUGUUGCGAAGUAGCCCAACAGCAGCCGGAUCUGUUAUGCACAAGGCACGUUGCGCACCCUGAUUCUGCAUCAGAAACGCUCACAAUCCUUUUAUGCAAGACAAAAGGCUUUCAUUUGGAAAUUUUGCAUGACAAACUUCUGCAAAUUCCGGGGCGCAGGCAUUUUUCACUGUAAUAGCUCGGCGCGGACAUCCACGCGCUGAGCGAGCAGCUACCGAUCGUCCACGACAACGACCAAUUUAGUCACAUGCACCACAAGUUUUGCGUCAUCGAUGGCCUGUACGUGAUCAACGGUUCCUACAAUUGGACGCGGGCCGCGGCUACGGAUCGCAAACAUGUCUGGGUCCUCUCCUGGAAGAUUGCGAAACUUGUCAUGCUGGUUAUUUUCGUCCAUGAUGACCUAUGAGCGCUGGAAUACAGGACCUGAUUCUUGUGAGACCUCUACUGUCAUGCCUACCCUGCAUGAGAAAAUCCUCCGCGACUGGGUCAAAAGUGUGCGAUAAUUUUUGGUAUAAUAAUCACGCAACACAGAUUUUUUUGCAUCGGAUCCAGACUUAGCAUGACAAGUUGCAGUGUUCCAGACCACAUCCAGGGAUGUUUGCAAUGCAUAGUGGCUAAGCGCAACCGGGAAAAUCUCGUGAUCAGCAACGACCGGCGGAUGGUCGAGGCCUUCAUGGGCGAGUUUGCCAAACUGUGGCAGGAGUUAUUCAUUGCAAACAUGUGGUCUGGAGGUCCUGCUCUGGAUAAUAUGAACGCAAGUUUGUCCUCAUGCUUGGCCGACAUGGGGCAGAAAAGAGUAUCAUGCUUGUUGCACUAGAGCUGCGCGGCCACUUCGAUUUGUCAUGCGAAAAGGCGAUUUUUUGUCAUGCAGUGAAAUAACAGCUAGACAUAAUCAUGCUCAGAAUCUUGUCAACAUGUUGCGCGGCCCCGUAAUAGAGUUACAUUGCGUAGUACUGCGUUCGGUGACAUGAGCAUCACAUCAACUUUCCAUUGACCCAGACAUAUUUGCACUGGAUAGGAGUUCGAAGGGAAUUACUUCCCGGGCGCGUGGCGGCAGCAGCAGCUGGCGCUAGGGGCAGCCGCUAACAAUACAGCGGGGAACAAGAAGCAAAAGCAGGGCAGCGGCGGUGGUGGUGGUAACGCUAACGGGGGUAAUAACAAGGGCGGCGGUAAGGGAAAUAAACAGCAGCAGCCGCAAUCUUCUGGAUCGACCGGAAGUAACACCGGCGGUGGAAAAAACAACCGAAAUUCAUCCGGCGGCCUUGGUCUGCAGUCCAGCGACGUGAUACCAAGUUACGCAGAUGUCGUGAAAAACAAUGGAAAGGGGAAUGGUUAUGCACAGGAGAUGAAGCCUAUCGCUCUGAUGUGUGUGAUGUUAGUUCCACCGCUGCAGGUGUCUCUUGUUGGCUUUUUGCAAUGUGGUAGAGAGGUUCUUCAUUAAAAGUUUCUUCUCGUGAUGCACCAAUAAAAACUCGAUGAAAAUGAUUAUGCUAUGCAUUAUGCAAAAUGCUCAUUUCGCCACCUGUGCAGAGCGGUUUUCUUUUUCCGUCAUACCUGAAAUUGGAAAAAGCAGCCCUGGAAGAACCGGAAUAAUUCCAAAAAUUCGGGCGGGAGCGGCUACGCGACGACAUGA